AUGGCUAGUCCAUCGCCUCCAACAUCUUCGUACACCACGGCUUUCGCGCUCUUCGAGGCUUUGUGGGAGGCCGGCAUCACCGUCUGCUUCGUCAACGUGGGCUCAGACCAUCCGUCCAUCAUCGAAGCCAUCGUCAAGGGCAAGAGAGAGCGGCCAGACAAAUGGCCCCGGUUCAUAACCUGCCCAUCCGAGAUAACAGCUAUUUCGAUGGCAGAUGGCUACGCGAGGAUAUCUGGCCGGGCGCAAGCUGUCGUAGUUCAUGUCGACGUAGGCACGCAAGCGCUUGGACAGGGCCUACACAAUGCCAGCGUCGGGCGGGCGCCUGUGUUCAUCUUCGCCGGAAUGUGUCCCUAUACUGAGGCUGGGGAGAUGACGGGGUCACGGACAGAGUAUAUGCACUGGCUGCAGGAAGCGCCUGACCAGAAAGCUAUCGUUCGCCAAUAUUGCAGAUAUACUGGCGAGAUCCGGACAGGCCUCAACGUCAAGCAGACCGUUGCACGUGCGCUGCAGUUUGCAAACAGUGGACCCAAAGGACCAGUCUAUGUUGCAAGCGCACGAGAGACACUUGCGGAGGUAAUCGAGGAGCCUUACCGGUUGGAUCAGGAACAGUGGAAAGCCGUCGGUCCCAGUGCUCUGCCAGCUGAUGCGGUUGAAGAGGCAAGUUCUACAUCUAUGCGCUUACAAGACAUCUUACUUACGUCAUAUGUUUACUCUUUAGGUAGCACAGGCCUUGGUCGGGAGCAAGCGCCCACUGGUAAUCACAGGAUACUCAGGAAGCGACAGGCGUUGUCCCGAACAACUGAUCUCAUCCCUGGCUUGCGAGUGCAUGACACUGGAGGCAGCGACCUCUGCUUCCCUUUCUCACACCCGGCUUCGCAAGGCUUCCGUCUUAGCACCGAUGAAUGCACACGCGAUGCCGACAUGAUCUUACUCCUCGACUGCGACGUCCCUUGGAUUCCAUCAGUAAAUCCGCCACCGAGAGGCACGCGCAUAUACCAGAUCGACAUCGACCCUCUGAACGAACGCAUUCCAGUUUCCUUCUUCCCAGCGCAUGGACGGUGGAGAGCUGAAUGUUAUACUGCAUUAAGGCAGAUUAUUUCUCACAUCACGACAUCUCCCUUAAGUGGGACGCUUCAACAGUCUUCAUUCCUGGAGCGCAAAAAGGUUCUUGCAGAUAGCCAUGAACAAAAACUCGUUGAGAUCGCGGCACGAUGUCACCUGGGCGACGAGCAAUCUCUUGACGCGAGCAACAUCGGCCAUCUUCUUAAGCAGACUCUUCCGGACACAACAGUAUUCGUGGUCGAGGCUGUGACAUGCGGGCAGCUUCUCUCUGAUCAGAUUCAGGCCGAUAGACCUGGCAGUUGGAUCAAUUGCGGUGCAACUGGUAUUGGCUGGAGUAACGGCGCAGCAUUAGGUGUCAAGAUGGCCACAGACGACGCGGCCGUCACUACGGAUAGUGCGCAUAAGCCGACGCUCAUUUGCCAGAUUGUUGGAGACGGUAGCUUCAUGUGCGCAGCACCUUCGAGCGCGUUGUGGGUUGGUGCCAAGUACAAAAUACCCAUCCUCACAAUUGUACUCAACAAUGGUGGCUUCAAGGCUCCCAAGAACUCAACCGCCUUGGUGUAUCCUGAUGGAUUGAAUCAGGGAGCGACCGAUGAAGAGAUGAAUAUCUCCUUCAGGCCAUCUCCAAACUAUGCAGCACUCGCAGAAGCAGCUGCUGGAAGCAAGAGUUCGAAAGCCUCGACGCAGGAUCCGAAUCAGUGGAUGGAAGGUGUACGGGUAGAUUCAGUAGCAUCUUUGAGGAAAGAGCUCGGUAAAGUCUCACAGCGAGUACUACAGGCGAAAAAGGGCAUGUUGAUAGAGGCUUUGAUAACCCAGUAG